AUGGCUCUGUCGAUUCAGGAACAACGCAAGGCUUGGUGGAAGGAAUCGGUGGUGUACCAGAUCUACCCGGCAAGUUUCUUGGACAGUGGCGCUGGUGACACGCCCGGAUGGGGAGAUGUACCUGGUAUCACGUCGAAGCUUGAUUAUCUGAAGGAUCUCGGUGUCGACGUAGUAUGGACUUCUCCAAUUUACAAAUCACCUCAAGUCGACAUGGGCUACGACAUCUCCGACUACCGCGACAUCGACCCCAAAUACGGCACUCUCGCCGACGUCGACGAGCUGAUCAAACAACUCAAGAAACGCGACAUGAAACUCAUGAUGGACUUGGUGGUGAACCACACCUCCGACCAACACGCCUGGUUUCUAAAUUCCCGCUCUUCCAAGACCAGCAAGUAUCGCGAUUGGUAUAUCUGGAAACCAGCCAAGUACGAUGACCAGGGAAACCGCCAGCCACCAAACAAUUGGCUCAUGAUCUUGGGCGAAGCAAACUCCGCCUGGACGUGGGACGAGGAGACGCAGGAGUACUACCUUUCCCUAUUCACGGCGGAGCAACCGGACCUGAACUGGGAGAAUGUGGAUGUGCGAAAGGCCGUGCAUGAGGUGUUGAAGUUCUGGCUCGAUCGCGGCGCGAGUGGAUUUCGGAUGGAUGUCAUCAAUCUCAUCUCCAAAGACCAACGAUUUCCCGAUGCGGAAAUCAUCGAUCCGGAGAAGAAGUACCAGUCUGGCCACAAGUACUUUGCGAAUGGACCGCGACUGCACGAAUUCUUGAGGGAGAUGCACGACGAGGUAUUGUCCAAAUACGACACCAUCACGGUCGGAGAGAUGCCGUUCGUGACGGACGAAGAUGAGAUCUUGAAGGCCGUGGGCCAGGACGCAAAGGAGCUGAAUAUGAUUUUCAUCUUCGAGCUGGUGGAUAUCAGCAAUGUACCCGGUCAAGGACGAUUGUCGUUGCACCCCUGGAUGCCGAAGGAUUUCAGGGAUAUCGUCGUGAAGUGGCAGAAGGUCAUGCAGAAGCGAGGUGGUUGGAAUAGUGUCUUUCUGGAGAACCACGACAACCCACGAUCCAUCUCGCACUGGACCGAUGACUCGGACAAGACUCGUGAUCUCUGCGCGAAGUUGUUGUCGAUGAUGAACACCACCUUGUGCGGCACGCUGUACGUCUACCAAGGCGAGGAGAUUGGCAUGAGGAACUUCCCUGCGUCAUGGGGACCGGAAGAGUACAAAGACGUCGACACCCAAAACUACUGGAAAGCCAUGAACGACGCUUACCCCAACGACAAAGCCAAACUCGCAUACGCCCGGAAGGUCAUGCAGAGUAAGGCUCGCGACCACGCUCGGACGCCAGUGCAGUGGACGGCAAGACCCAAUGCAGGGUUCUGUAAGGAGGGUGUGAAGCCAUGGAUGAGAGUCAACGACGACUAUACGACUUACAACGUCGAGGCGCAGCUCGCUGAGGGUGAUGGUGGGUCCAAGGGAGAUAUGUCGGUCCUGGCGUUCUGGAGAAGAGGUUUGAAGAAUCGGAAGGAGCACAAGGAUGUUUUCGUGUAUGGCGAGUUCACGCUGCUGAGUGAGGAGAAGGACGAGACAGUGUUUGCGUAUAAGCGGACGAGUGGGAAGGAGGCGUUUGUCACGGUGUUGAACUUCUCCGGGAAGAGCGUGGAGUGGAAGGUUCCCGAGGGUGCGAAGGUGGAGAAGUGGGUUGCAGGGAAUUAUGAGGAUAGAGAGGGUGGGUUGGAAAAGGGGGUUGAAGGAGUGGUGAAGUUGGAGGCUUGGGAGGCGUUGUUGGGAGUUGCGAGGGUUUGA